GAAUAUUGCUUGGGUGUUCUCCCACGUUGGCAGACCUUGAGGGUAGGCAGAACAGUGUACGUUUAGACAGACGAGCGCGUUUCCCACACGUGGUCUUGGUACGAGCUAUAUCUAAUUCCUUAAAGAACAGCAGCCAUAGUUCAACAUAAAAUGAGUCAAGACAUGUUUGGUUCACGUGGAAGAGGCCGAGGUGGGGGUGGCCGAGGUGGUGGUGACCGUGGUGGUGGUGGCCGUGGUGGCCGUGGUUUUGGUGGCCGAGGUGGCGGUGGCCGAGGUGGUGGUGGCCGAGGUGGUGGAGAUCGUGGAGGAUCUCGAGGAUUUCGAGGCGGAGGCAGAGGUUUCCGAGGUGGUUCAAGAGGAAACUUCAGUGGUGGUGACCGUGGCAGUGAGAGCUGGGGUGGCUCAGGCAAUUCUUCCCGUGGAGGACCAUUCAGAGGUGGCCGUGGAAGUGGUGGAGAUCGAGGCAGAGGAGCUUUUGCCAAUCGUGCCAGAGGAGCACCUUCUGGUGGUGCUCGUGGAAGAGGUGGUGGAGCUCUUCCUGGUCGUGGAGAGUAUCUUCGUUUUGAAAUUAAAGCUGGCUUGCAACUGUAUGUCACUUUCAAUGACACACCAGUGGUUGAGGAACUUGAAAAACUGCCUGGAUUUCACUCAUUGAGCACACCUUACAAUGAAAAGGAAAUCAUAAGAAUAAUCUUGUUUAGAGAUUUAGAAUCAUUAGAAGCUGCUAGAAAAAUCCUUGAUGCCAAAGAAAAUGUUAAAGCCACAGACCAUAUGGGGAUGAAAUCAGCAAAAAAACAGAGCGACUCCCUGGAAAGUCGUCAAGUGUACCUAAGGUUCGCCAAGCCUUACGUGGAAGAUGAUGUGAAAAAGCUUGACACAAAAAUUGAUGAAAUUCUGCCUCUGAAGGAAAAUAGCUGUAAAGUACAAUUUGCAUCUGCUGAAGAAGCAGAAUUGGCGGUUGAAAGAUUAAAGGGCAAGAUUGGCCAGAAUCUCUUGAAACAAGUGGAUGUUCCAUAUGUUGUACAGAGUGCAAAGUUAGCAGUUGCCAGCAUCCAACAAGACCAGGUUGUUUUCAGAGAUGUUCCAAAAGAUGUAACCAUCAAAGAUAUUGCAGAACAAUUCCCCGAUGCAGUCUCUUUUAUGCUGUACGACAAGACCUUCCCAGCUUCCAAAUACUGCCAUGCUGCGCUCCGCUUCAAGAAUGCUGAACGAGUUGCCGAAAUCUUGAAGUCAAAAAAUCUGAAAAUUGCUGGAAAGAAAGUCUACGUCUUCCCCGCAUGCUUAGAAUUCUUGCACGAAUAUCCGAAGUUGGGUGAACCCGAGCCAGUCGUUGAACAGUCAGGAAAUGGCACUGAAGUCAAAGAUGAUCCCCCAAGCAAAAAAAGGAAAGUAGAAGAAGAAGAAGAGGACGAUACCAAUGGACAAGACGAAGAGGAAAGUGACGAAGAGGAUGAUGAGGAAGACGAGGAAGAGGAAGAUGAAGACGAAAAUGACGAAGCCGCCGAUGAAGAUGAUUCUGACGAAAGCGACUAGACUUGGAAAAUCGGACAUAAUGCAGGAGUUUUUAAAUCUUUAGUAACAAAGCGUUUGACCGUCUUUUUUUUCAAUUGACAAUGUUCUUUGUUGUCUACGUUUUGCUUGAUUUGGAGAUAUACCGCAUCCAUACAUCGGAAAAAGUGAUGUAUGCGAUGAUCGAA